AUGUCUGAAAACCCAUUUUCACCUACGUCGGAGAACCAUGUUUCGCUAGAAAAAGAGGCGGCUCUAUCGAAACCCAACCCUUCUUUAGAGUAUUGUGGCUGCACGGUAGAAGAAACACUUGCUGCCUUCCAAACAGACACGAACAAAGGUUUACCAUCUUUGCAUAUAGUAAAUGAAAGACGUGCAAAGUAUGGGUCGAAUAAUUGUGCCCAAGACGAAGACAGUGAAUCAUUAAUAUGGCAAUUCAUCACCACUUUUACCCAAGAUCCAUUAAUAUUAUUAUUAAUUGGCUCUGCACUUAUUAGUUUUAUUAUGGGAAAUAUCGAUGAUGCAAUCAGUAUUACCUUAGCUAUAGUUAUUGUAGUCACCGUUGGUUUCGUACAAGAAUAUAGAUCUGAAAAAUCUUUGGAGGCUUUAAAUCACUUAGUUCCCGCAGAAUGUCAUUUAAUCAGAUGUGGUAUCGAAAGCAAUGGUAUUUUAGCAUCAACCUUAGUUCCUGGUGACUUGGUCCGCUUUAAAGUUGGAGAUAGAAUCCCCGCUGAUCUUAGAAUUGUAGAGGCAGUUGGUCUAACAAUUGAUGAAAGCAAUUUAACCGGUGAAAAUGAACCGGUAAGCAAAAACGUUGAUCCAGUUAUAUUACCAGAUAAUGGUGCCCCAAAUGUUAGCCAAAGAUCUUGCAUUGCUUAUAUGGGUACAUUAGUUAGAGAAGGUCAUGGAAAGGGUAUUGUGGUUGGCACCGGUAAGGAUACGGCGUUUGGAGCUGUUUUCGAUAUGAUGAGUUCAAUUGAAAAACCCAAGACACCGCUACAACAAGCUAUGGAUAAAUUGGGCAAAGAUUUAUCACUGAUUAGUUUUGUUUUGAUUGGUUUAAUUUGUUUACUUGGUAUAUUCCAAGGCAGAUCUUGGCUAGACAUGUUUCAAAUAUCAGUUUCUUUGGCUGUAGCAGCAAUUCCAGAAGGGUUGCCAAUCAUAGUUACUGUUACGUUGGCCUUGGGUGUAUUGAGAAUGGCAAAUAGAAAGGCAAUUGUUAGGAGAUUACCGAGCGUGGAAACACUAGGUUCAGUUAAUGUCAUUUGUUCAGAUAAAACCGGUACUUUAACCCAAAAUCAUAUGACCGUUUCUAAAAUAUGGAGUCUUGGCAGUAUGCAAAAUAAACAAAACAUUUUAAAUAUUGAAACUUGCAACAAGAAAACACUAAAAAAUUAUUUAAACGAUGAUACAAGAGAGUUGUUAACCACAGGAAAUAUUUGUAAUAAUGCUAUUUUUUCUCAGGAACAAUUUAAAUUUUUAGGUAAUCCAACCGAUGUUGCUUUGUUAGAAGUAUUGGGUGAAUUUGACUUAGUCGAUUGUAGAACUGGGAUUACUAGAUCGACCGAGCUUCCAUUUACUUCACAGAGAAAAAUUAUGGCUACUGGGAUCACUUCCAAUAAUAAAGAGACAUUUUACAUCAAGGGUGCUUAUGAAAAAAUACUUCAAAAGGCAACACAUUAUUUGACCAAGGAGGGGAAGACAGAAAAAUUGAACAACUCGUUGAGCAAAAUGAUUGAAGAUUGUGCUGAGAGCAUGGCUGGUGAGGGAUUGCGUGUUUUAGCCUUUGCAAAAAUGGACAAUACUACCAAGAAAACUAUUAUAGAUGAAAAAGAUUUGGGUAAUUUGGUAUUUAUUGGUUUAAUGGGAAUGAAGGAUCCACCAAGGCCCAAUGUGCAUAAAGCUGUGGAAAAAUUAUUGGAAGGUUCAGUUCACAUUAUCAUGAUCACUGGUGAUUCUCCCCGUACUGCUGUUUCUAUUGCCAGACAAAUAGGAAUUCCUGUGGUUAACGAGGCAGAUUCCUGUAUUACUGGGGAUAAAUUAGACGUGAUGAAUGAAGAUGAAUUGGCGUCUGUUAUUGAUCACGUUAACAUUUUUGCCAGGGCUACACCUCAACAUAAGCUAAACAUUGUUCGAGCAUUACAGAAAAGAGGCGAUGUUGUUGCUAUGACAGGCGACGGUGUCAACGAUGCUCCUGCAUUGAAGUUGGCCGAUAUUGGUAUUUCCAUGGGGAAUUUGGGUACUGAUGUUGCGAAGGAAGCCUCUGAUAUGGUUUUAACCGAUGAUGAUUUCAGUACCAUCUUAACUGCGAUCGAAGAAGGGAAGGGAAUCUUUAACAACAUUCAAAAUUUCUUAACUUUUCAAUUGUCUACUUCAGUUGCUGCUUUAUCGCUGGUGGCUUUAUCUACCGCAUUAAAUUUACCAAACCCAUUGAAUGCUAUGCAAAUUUUAUGGAUUAAUAUUUUGAUGGAUGGUCCGCCAGCUCAAAGUUUAGGAGUUGAGCCUGUUGACCAUGAAGUGAUGAAGAAACCUCCACGUAGACGUACUGAUAAGAUUUUAACCAGUGCAGUUUUAAAAAGAUUGUUGACAAGCGCAAUUUUUAUCAUUUGUGGUACUGUGUUUAUAUUUGUUAGGGAAAUAGAUGCUGAUGGACAGGUCACUUCGAGGGAUACCACGAUGACAUUUACCUGUUUUGUGUUUUUUGACAUGUUUAACGCAUUAGCAUGUAGACAUUCCACCAAAUCGAUCUUUAAAAUUGGGGUUUUUGCUAAUAAGAUGUUUAAUUUUGCGGUUGGAUUAUCUAUACUGGGUCAAUUAUGUGCAAUUUACGUUCCAUUUUUCCAAUCUAUUUUCAAGACUGAAAGUUUAUCUUUGUAUGAUUUACUUUUCCUAUUAUGCAUUAGUAGUACUGUUUUCAUUGCAGAUGAACUUCGCAAAUACAUUUUUAGAUCUCGGAACCCAACAGAUAUACCAUUUGUUUAUUCUCAAGUCUAG